UCGCCCCGCCGGGUCGCGGUGGCCUCGCAGUUAGAACAACGCGCUGCAGUGUAGGAACGUGUCACAGGCCCUCUCGCUUGCUCCUCACGCCAGGGAAGGGGCUGUUGUCCCAUUUUGCAUACAUGAAACUUUAAGGCUCAGAGUGGAGAGGGGAUUUCAUUUUAGUAUUUAAGUAUUUAAUAUCAAGAGAAAGUUUGCUGCAUUGCCUUCCCUCUUUCUAUAAGUUUUAUUCUUUCUUGCUUUUUCUUUUUUUCUUAGUAAUUUAAAAAUACAGAAAUUUUUUUUUAAAUUUCAGAAAAAUAGAUAUUACAACAAUUUGCCCAGAGACACCCGGCAAGGUCAUGGCGGUGGGUUCGGUCUUAGUCCACCUAAUCCAGCGCUCUUUCCACAGGGCCACUCUGCCUCACCUGUCAAAGGAGGGUGCUGAACUUGGAUAUUAGUUAAGGCAGUGACUGGAAAUUCUUUUUCUUUUCUUUCCUUUCUUUCUUUUGUUAAUCAGGCAGUCUCUUCUGCACCAUCCAGGUCAGAGCUAAGAAGUGUUCAGAAGCCAAGUCAUGGAUCAACCUACCCGUAAAGAAAAAUCCAAAGUUAAAGAACCUGUCAGCAGAGUUGAGAAGGCCAAGCAGAAAUCAGCCCAGCAGGAGCUGAAGCAAAGACAAAGAGCAGAGAUCUAUGCCCUCAACAGAGUCAUGACGGAGCUGGAGCAGCGGCAGUUCGAUGAGUUCUGUAAACAGAUGCAGCCUCCUGCAGAGUGAGCCACCCGUGCGCGAGCCGGAUGGGGCCCCGGGGGCCGGGUUUCUCAGCUGCGUCCCCGUUUCACUGAGAUGGUCCACUUGGAACCUUACAGAACUAGACAAGAAGCUGUUUGCGUUGUUCCUGGAUAAAUCUGAACUUCCCGUCCGUCCCUUCUGCUUCACUGGUACCUUCAGUCUGAAUUGGCCCAAUGCUUGCUGAAGAGACUUGUUUUGUUCUCCUAAGACAAUAGAUUCUCUUUUUUUUAACCUUUUUCUAUUGUUUGAGAAAAAUCAGUGUUUCUCGUGAAACUGUAGCUCUUCUCCAAAAAUAUAAAUAAAAUGCUAAUAAAAUGUU